UUUUGAUGGCACGAACUAGUGAAAGUUUCGAAAGGUUUAAAAGAUAUCAUCUUUUUUGGGGGGGGGUCGUUUCCUUGCGGAAUAUGGCAAGGACAAAUAUAGCUUCUCCUAUGAAAAUGCUUUGUUCCUCUCAUCUUUGUCCGGGAUAAGAAUGAAAAAAAAAGGCGCUCACUUUAAAGCAAACAAAAAGUACCAUCUUGCCUUCAUCCCUCCCACAGAAUAAAACCGUCUUCUGUAUAUAAUAACCCUGGCACCCUCGCAGAGCCAAACGAACCCACCGUAUGGACAUUGUUCUUGCACCAAACCACAAUUCCCAGAAAGCAGCGCGGCAAAGACUUCCUCGACAUAGAGGAGCGUUACGGCGUGUUGCAUUUCGGGCGAGAGAGGAAGCCUUCUGCUGUCUUCGACGUUCGGAGGCAGCGCGUGCCCCGCGUCACGCGUCACUUGAUUAUCUGCAGGCAUAAAAGCGGUCUUCGAAGCGGGACUCGGGGAAGCGCCGUUUCUCGGUUGCCCUAGCAACGAACCGCUUCGUAAGAUUCAUCGGAAUCUCCUUCCCCGCCCUCGCCCCCACCAACACCACCGCGCUGUCCCUGGGGCUUGUAAUUGCUUCUUGGUCGCCGGGGCUUGUUGCUUGUGCUGCGAAAGGACCGGCGUUGGAACUACGGAGACCGACAGCCCGCGAAGAAAGCCUAGCGAGGGGGACGAGGGGGUUGGGUUAUACUUCCCACGCGUCCCAAAUGGAGGGAGUCCCAGAAGCGGCCAGUAUAGCCGGAAGAGUUGCGGCGUGCAGCCCGGGGCCCGGUUGGAGCGGGUCUCCGGAUUCACUGGAUCCCGUGAGGGAAGCCACGGGAGAAUCGGACUUGGCGCAGUCCCUGGAGCGGUAUCACCGAGGCUUACGCGAUCGUGCUAGUAAAAGCCUUGAUCAAUUGAAAUAUGUCUUUCAUGAAAACGAUCGGGCCAUAGGCGAAAGUGCAGCCACAUUGGAUCAGUUAUUUCCUAAUUCGGGCCAAGAAGUGACUGAAGAUAACGCUUGGCAGGAGCUACAAUACAGCCAUGCAGUUAAUCAGCUUAAAGCAUUAUUACGUCAACAAGAAGAAAAGGGGAGUGAAACAUCACCUUCAAAGAAGAGAGGAAUGUCACCCACAAGAACAUCCAAAGCUACUGAUCACAGUUUGCCUGCCCUUUCUGAACUUGUUCCCAUCAUAAAUGAUCAGUCUCAAUAUAUUACUCAUUUAGAAGCUGAAGUCAAGUUUUGCAAGGAAGAAAUAUCUGAAUUGAAAUCACGUAUACAUGUUGUUGUAGUUGAAAAUGAGAAGCUACAAAAUGAUCUGAAAAUGGAAACAGAGCGGAUCUUGAGAGAGCAAACUGUCCUCAAUGCCUCAACCCUUCUGUCAAAAUCUGGUGCUAUAAAUGGUGAUCAUUCUCAUAUUUGUGGAGCUGCUAAAGCAUCUUGUCAUAUCAUUGAGCAAGCCAAGGCACCUCCACUGGAAUUGGAAAAGUGGCAACAGGAAUUGGAGAAACUAAAAUAUCUUCAUGAAGAAAAGACUGAAGUGUUUGAAGCUCAGAUACAGUCUUUACGAAAAGCAUUAUCAGAGUCACAAAAAAACUGUGAAGAGCUAAGCGGAAGAUUAAAACAUCAGCAUUUGAUCAAUGCAGCGAAUAGUCCUAAUAGACCUGGUGGUCUCUGCUUAAAUUGUGCACAACAUGAAGCGGUUCUUUCCCAGACUCAUUCAAAUGUCCAUAUGCAAACCAUUGAAAGACUAACAAAAACAAGAUGUUUUCAUACAGCCCUUCUAGUUGCUAAGAACCUAAAAGACUCAAUACUUAUCUUCAUUCCCGACAGAGAGAAUGAAGCCAUCAAAGAGAGAGAUGAGUUAAUGGCAGCACUUUCUACAAUAAGAAUAAACUUAAAUGAAAUGCAACAGAGGGAAUGCAGUGCUUAUGAACAAGUGAAACAAGCAGUACACAUGAGUGAAGAAGCUAAUUUGGAAAAAACCAAGGCUUUAAUUCAAUGUGAACAGCUUAAAAAUGAAAUGGAGAGACAGAAAGAUCGCCUUGAAAAAGAAUUAGCGCUUCAGCUAGAUAAGAGAGCUGGAGAACGAGAAGCAGUUCGUGAAGAAAUGAAGAAAGAAAAAGAAAACCUGUCAUCACUGGUAAUGUCUUUAUCUCAGAAUGUUGCUGGUCUGGAGUCUCAGAUUGACAGGAUUACAAGGGAAAAGCUCUCCCUAACCCAUCAGCUGGAAGAAGCUCAGAACCACCAUGCUUCUCGUGAAAUAGAGAUCAAUAAGGUGUGUGGAGAAAUACGUUACGAAUUGAAUCAGACCAAAAUGAAGAAGGAUGAAGCUGAAAAGGAGCACAGGGAGUAUAGGACAAAAACAAUAAGGGAACUUGAAAUUAAAGAUCAGCAAAUUGAGAAAUUACAAGUAUUGCUUCAUGAAAACAAACAGCGCUUAGAGCAAGCACAGCAGGAUACUGCAAAAGCUAAGGAGGAAUGUCUGAAACUAACAGAAUUGCUGGGCAAAGCUGAGCAACAACUGCAUUUUCUCAGAUUAGAAAAAGAGAACAUUCAGCAUAGCUUUAGCAAUGAGGCAAAGACUCGAGUCCUUCAGGCUCAGCAGAGAGAGCAGGAUCUGACACAGAAGAUGCGGCAAAUGGAGGCCCAGCAUGAUAAAACUGUAAAUGAACUGGAAUCGUUACUGAGUUCCCAGAAUGCUCUUCUAUCAAAAUUAAAAGAAGAAUGUUGUCAAUUAGGAAAGAAGCUUGAACAUGUCACUGAAAGAAAUAGGUCGGAAAUCAGCCAGCUUAGUCAGGAAAAUGAGUACAUCCGUGACAGACUUGAGAAGGUGCAGAAAAGGCAUGAUGAAUUGGAGGAUCAGUGUAUCCAGCAUGGAAGGAUGCAUGAAAAAAUGAAGCUAAGAUUACAUCAACUUGACAAGCAUUGCCAGUCUUCUGCCCAGCAGCUUGUGGAGUUACUCAACAAACAGAAUGAGUUAUAUAAGGAGCGGCAGAUGCUUACAGAAGAGGUGGAUUUUCUGCGGACUCAGUUAUCCUCUGUUCCACAGCCGUAGUUGAAAACGCUUCGGGGAAGACAUCAGAGAAGGAAAAUGCCCAUCACCAUUUUUCAGCAUAAAGACCUGUGAUGUGCUUAGAUGGUUAAACAUUUGUCAAUGUCUUCCCUUGCUAGGAAAGUCAUCACAUCUGUCUUGGACUGUCAAAUAUUUAGACCCAAUAUCUUCAGAUACUCAAUAACUUGUUUGUGCUCUCUCAAGAAGACAGUUCUUGAAUUUCUGAGGAAUUAUUUAUACUUUUAGAUGAUUGAUACUUGUGCAGUUUUCUUUGGCUGGAACUUGAAACAUGCAGCGAAGUUAUACUGGAUCAAAACCAGCUUUAAAUGCAGUAUUAUCCACCACUACCACCCGCACAUAUUUUUACAUCAUUUUUUUAACCUGACGAGAGGUAUACACAUCACCUCUGAAUUAAGAUAUAGUAUUAUUAUCCCAUGGGUGAGGAACAGUUCCCCUCAAUAAGGUUGAAAUCUGUUCUGUCUUUGCAAGAUGAUGAAGUUUCUUUUCCUACAGCUCUGAAAUUUACAGUCUGCAGUAUUUAUCAUAUUGUUUUUAUGUCUGAAAGAUCAUAAAUGCAUCUCCCGGAUUAGACUAGAGUUAUUUGCACUAAACUUGGUGCUCAAAGACAAUCUUAGAUAUUAGUUUAAAACAACAGCAGACCAGAUAAAUACAAAUGACAUUCUCAAUGGUUUUAUAAAUAAUUCGAUGAUCAUUUUUUGUGUCUUUAUAUAAGUGGGUAUAAUAAUAUAUAAUCCCUAGACAAAACUCUUCUAUUUGAGGUAUUCCUACAUAUAUCAUAUUCUCUUUAGAAUUUGAUACAAUGGUAGCAAACCUUUAUGUUUAAUAAAUGUCAGUCUAGGCAAACAUAUAUUAAAGUUGGGCUGAAUUGAAAGGAUGUGGAAGUGGCUGAUUUUUCAGUCUCCAUUUGUGGCUUUACCAUCUGCCUAGGAUUCACAUCUAUGAAUAAAGUAUGGAUUUGUCCUACCACCACAAAGCCAGCAUCUUUGCUAUAAGUGUUCUUCAGCAGAUACAAAGUAUGAAAGAGCUGUGUUCCUGGGACACCAGCGCUGUUCUUGAUUUGACUUUGUUGUGCUGCAUGUUGUUAAUAUUCUGAUUCUGGAAAGGGGAGGGGUUGAUUAAAAAUAGUGCAAGUUCAGACCAUCUGCACAUUCUUCUAUUAUCUGGGAGAAAGGGUCUGUUGUUCAUCAAAUAGUUAUUAGAGAAUGAAGACAGUAUGAAGAAUGAAGUCUAGCAAGCCCAGAGAUAAAUUGGGUCCUAAGAUUUACUUCCUUAUUUAAUAACCUUUGUGAGAUUCUUUUGACUGUCAGUAAUGUAUCAGAGGCAGAUAUGAGAACCAAUUCAAUUGUCUCUGGGUUCCCUCUGGAGAACUUUAGCUGCCAUGAAGGAGGAAACCUGGUUAAUUUUACCCUCUCCUUCCCACAGUUUUGUGCUCCACAGCAUGAAGCCAACUGAUAUUCAGGUUGUCCAAUCAGGGCAGUAUCCUCAUUUUAGGUCAACUGUUUAUUCUUAACAGUUUAAAAACAAAAAGAAGUGUCUGGAGAAUCAGGUUUCCAAGCUCUCACAAAAGAAGCUACAGCUGUAGAGGCCAAAGACCAGAAAUGGAUGAUCCCACAGAAAGAACCAAUUGGAGCCAAAUAAGUCACACCCUUCCCCCACCUACCCGCAAAGACCACAUUCCCUCUACCUUCCUCCUCUGUGCAAGUAUCUAAAUUGUGUCUAAAUUGAAUGCUGUAUAAAAUAUCCUUUUCUGCUGGUUCACAUUGUUCCAGGCAGUGGUAACAAGAUGGAGACUCUGUUGUUAGGGCAUGUCGACAAACGGUGAAUCAGGGCAAGGAAGCUGUGGAGCUGAGCCUUUUAGCAUUUCUGCUGGAGAAGCAGUGAAGUAUUUUUUAAGUUGGAGAAAAAAGCAGCAGUGUGGCAGAGCGGGAAACUGUUUUUUUGUGGGAAACUAAUAGGAAUGUUCUUUUAUCCUGCAGCUUAAAGACAGUGAGGAUGUCGAAAUAUUACAGCAAGGCUGUAGGUCUGUUUUUAUAAGAAGACACACCUGCAUUUUGAAGUUGAAAAUAAAUGUCUCACUGUUUUUCUUUUUAAAAUUUAAAACACUGUAUUUGCAAAUCAAAGUAUUAGAACCUAAAGUUAUAUUUAUAUUCAGUGCACCUGGAUUCCAUACAGCCCCAUGUACAUUCUUUCACAUUAAAAAGUGAAUGGAUGUAGCUCUGUGCUUUGCUUCUAAAUAUGUCCAUCUGCCAAGGAAGCAUACAUUUUAAAAAAAGAGCUAACAUGGAGGCAGAUGGGGAGUAUCCUGAGCAUCUAGAAUGUCUUGACUGAUGUCCAUAGUCUCCAAGGUAAGAAUUUAAUAAAAAAUGUGAGCUCAAAUUAAAUCCAUGUUGGACUCCUCUUCCAGGCAAAAUUUCUAAUUUUAUUAUAAAUCUACCUAUAAUCAUAAGUCGACUUGGGAUGGAGACAGUGCACAAACAGGAGGGUUGACAGGAGGAAAAAUGUGUGAGCAGGGAGAGGAAGGGUAGGUCCAAUCUUUGAUCAAAGUCUUAAAUUGUUGAACAAACUGACUUCUGAAUAAAUAUUGCUAGAGCUAUAUCUGAAAUGUGACAUUUGGUUGCAAAAUAGAGCGUGUGUAGGACUGCACAGUAUUGUUGCAAUGCAGAAUCUGUACCAAAUAAUAAAAUGUAAAUUCUUGGAAAUCAAAUAAUAAUUGACUAUUUGAUAAAUGGUGACUCAUAGCAAGGUUUUAGUUAUGAUUAAAAAUUAUAAAUACUGCAGUGUCCAAGAAAGUCUUAUUUAAACCUUUCAUACACAGUGCUUUAAAGAGUGCUUAGAAACUAAGAAGGACCAAUAACACUUUUGCUUUGGAUAUUCAUUAAAAUGGCAAUAAUUUCAUUUCACCCUUAUAAAUAUGUAAUAAAUAUUUAUUAAAUACAUGAAUAAAAUGUUUCUUAAUAUUAUCCACCCUGAAUUUUCAGCAGUAGGGUAGAUUUAAAAAACAACCCAAAUAAAUAAAUGUGUACAUGCUUGACAGAAGUAAACAGAAGUGUAACAUUAUGUCAUUUUAUAACUAAAAAUGACUAGCAAAUAGCUAUGCAAUUAUUAGAAUUU